AUGACUCUGGUGUUCUGCGACAGGUGGUACGGGCUCGUCUACGACGCCGCCAAGAACUCGCUCUCGCUGCUCCCCGCCACCAUGGAUUCCUUCGAGGGCUACGACUUCGCGUCGAGAGUUGAUUCUGUGCCCUUCUUCUUCCUGAGGCCACCUGCUGUCCUGCCACGCGACGACGGUUCCUACGAUCUGUUCAAUCUGGGGUUCCGUUUCGCUACACGCGACAGAGUGUUGCAGGGGUCGUCGGGCAUCAUCUUCCGGUGGUGGAGCCAUGCCGCUGGCAAGAAGUGGACGAAGCAGGAGGCGCGCUUCAGCCCGCAUACCCAGGUGCCGCGCCAGCCGGCUUACAAAGUAGACGCGGCCUUCACUUUCAAAGGGAAGGUUUUCUGGGCCGAUCUCAUGCUUGGCGCCAUUGUCUGUGACAUGCCAUCCACCCGUACCACUACCAGCGAAGACGAAGACCACGUGGAGCUGGACUUCAUCCAUCUUCCCCAGGAGUGCCAAGGCCGUGACUUCUCCCGCAGUUACCCCAAGGACCGUCGGACCAUGGGCCCUGUCGGGGACUCCAUAAAGCUCAUCUCCAUCGUCACCAUCAGUGGCGACAACCCCCGUGACAACACGCCCCCUGCCGAUGUCGUGUUGCGGAGCUGGACCCUGUCGCCAGAUCUCCGCUCAUGGACGAGAGACCAAGACAUGGAGCUGCCCUUGCCCCUGCUCUGGCAGUCGGAGGUCUACAAGCGCGAGAGGCUGCCGCAGGCCAUGCCGCAGUGCCCAGUCCUCAAGGCCGACGAGGAUGGUGUCCUUUACCUCUUGCUGGGAGAUUACUACCUCGAUUGGGAGAGAAGGGCUCGGCUAUGCAGGGAGAUUGAGUGUGUGAUCAGCAUCGACAUGCGCACAAAGUCUCUCCUGUCCUGCAGCCAUCGUCCGAUCAAAGAUGGCUUGCCGGCGCCAGCGCCAUGGGAAGAAGUCCAGCCUUCCAAAGAUUUCCAUCCUGACAUACCUUCCCUGGUUGCUGCCAAGUUCUGCGCGAACCACACUGGAUGGUCUCAUUGUCUUCUCCACAAGGAAAAGAAGAAUCGUCUGAUAUACUGUAGAUGGUAAUUUGAGUCUGAAUCUACUACUGCUACUCCUCCUACCUGAUGUCAUUUGCGCACAUUCUGCUAGAUUGAUGACUAGCAUUUGCGUGAUCAACCAUAAUUUGUGCUUGACUGCAUUGUUAAAGGGUGUUCUUCUUUCUGAAAAAAAUUAGAGGAUGUCCUUGAUACUUCUUGGUGACUAGCUAGUCUAACAAUGCUACAUUUGCUACUGCUUGCACGGAAAGAAGGAAGAUCAGCUCAAGUCGCCGUGCUUUCAUCGGUGUAGCUCUUGCUUCAAUUGUUGUGGUUAUUUACCUUCUGUGCUUUCUACGUAUAUGUAGUAGAGUCGGAGUUUGGUGGUUUAAAUAUGGCAGAGUUGAAACUUA